AUGUACAAUAUAAUUCAUAUUGAUGAAAAAUGGUUUUAUAUGACCAAAAAGUCGGAGAAGUAUUAUUUGCUCCCAGAUGAAGAUGAGCCAUAUCGCACAUGUAAGAGCAAAAAUUUCAUUGCCAAAGUUAUGUUCUUAGUUGCUCAGACUCGACCACGUUUUGACUCAGGAGGAAAUGAAACUUUUUCAGGUAAAAUUGGUGUUUUUCCGUUUGUUACCCAUGAACCGGCUUUAAGAUCAAGUAUUAACAGAGUUGCAGGAACAAUGGUAACAAAACCAAUAACUUCGGUGAAGAGAGAUGUGGUAAGAUCAUUCCUUAUUAACAAAGUCCUAUCAGCUAUAAGAGAAAAAUGGCCGAGAGAUGACUUAGAGUCAACAAUAUUUAUCCAGCAGGAUAACGCAAGGACACAUAUAAACCAUGAUGAUCCUUUAUUUUGUGAAGCUUCCACCAAGGAUGGGUUUGAUAUUCGUUUAAUGUGUCAGCCUGCGAAUUCUCGAGAUUUGAAUAUUUUAGACCUCGGAUUUUUCUCGGCUAUACAAUCGUUGCAAUACAAGGAAGCACCAAAAACUAUUGAUGAACUUAUCGGUGCAGUGGUGAAGUCAUUUGAAAAUUUUCCUUCGAUUAAGUCCAAUCUUAUAUUUGUAUCAUUGCAAUUAUGCAUGAUAGAGAUCAUGAAAGAGAAAGGUUCCAAUAAAUACAAAAUUCCUCAUAUAAAUAAGGAAAGGCUAGAAAGAAUAGGACAACUACCAAUUCAAGUUAAGUGUGAUCCAAUAUUAGUACAAGAAGUCAAGAAUUACUUAAACAUGGAGUAA